AUGCUAGAGCACAAAUAUGGGGGCCACUUGGUCUCUCGGAGAGCAGCCUGCACGAUCCAGACUGCCUUCCGCCAGUACCAGCUAAGCAAAAACUUUGAGAAGAUCCGGAACUCUCUACUGGAGAGCCGCAUGCCCCGGCGGAUUUCCUUGAGGAAACUCCGAGUCCAGAACUCUGAAAAUUUUUCUGCUGAGAAAGCUCUAGUGGAAGGCUAUAACUUUGUUGGCAUCCCCUUGGUAAGAUCUCCCUCUUUGCCAGUAACCAUUAGUGGGGCACUGACCGAACUGGAAGACUCGUUCACUGAGCAAGUUCAGUCUUUGGCUAAAUCGAUUGACGACGCGCUCAGCACAUGGAGCCUGAAAACGAUGUGCUCCCUUCAAGACGGCAGUUCCUAUCAGAUAAGAGAGACUUUCAGUACGACCGCCAUGCCACCAAACCAAGACUCGGACAUGGAACUGAAAGACCAAGAGAAGGAGGAAGGGCUGCUGCCAGAUACAUUGCCAAAGAGCAGCAGCACACUCAUGAUGGCCUUUAGGGAUGUCACUGUCCAAAUAGACAACAAGAAUAUCUCCGUCUCCUCAUCUACCUCGGUGUCUAUGGCAAACUGCCUGGCUAACAGUAGCCAGGCUGGGAUUUCUCCAGCUGCCAAAAUAGAAGAAAUCCCCGUGGAAGGGGAGAAAGAGGAUAAAGAUCUCCAAGUUGUUUCAGAAGGGCAGCCUGAUGCUGGAGCCCUCCAGAAUAGUCACCCAAUAACUGAGGAGAAUCUCAACACCAACGGUUUGGAGAAAGGGGAGCCCGAGCAAGACCAAAUGAUGAUGCCGAAACUUGACUUUGGCUCUGAAAAUGGGACUGGGCAGCACAAGGGAUCGGAAGCUGAAAAUGUAGACAAUUUGGAACAACUGAGCAGCAGCAGUACGUCCACCUCAGCGAAGUCUGCUUCAGAGUUAUCCUCAAAGGAAGCCCUGCAAGCCAUGAUUUUGAGCCUGCCACGGUACCACUGUGAGAAUCCAGCCGUCUGCAAAUCCCCCACGCUUUCUACAGACACCAUGAGGAAACGGCUGUACCGCAUUGGGCUGAAUCUCUUUAACAUAAAUCCAGACAAGGGGAUCCAGUUCCUGAUCUCUCGGGGCUUCAUACCAGACACACCGAUUGGAGUGGCCCAUUUCCUGUUGCAGCGUAAAGGUCUCAGCCGACAAAUGAUCGGGGAGUUUCUGGGAAACAGCAAGAAACAAUUCAACCGGGAUAUCCUGGACUGUGUAGUGGAUGAGAUGGACUUCUCUGGCAUGGAGCUUGAUGAAGCUUUGCGGAAAUUUCAGGCCCAUAUCCGGGUGCAGGGAGAAGCCCAAAAAGUGGAACGACUAAUUGAAGCCUUCAGCCAGAGGUACUGCAUGUGUAAUCCAGAUGUAGUCCAACAGUUCCAUAAUCCAGACACCAUUUUCAUCUUGGCUUUUGCCAUCAUCCUUCUUAAUACGGAUAUGUACAGUCCUAAUAUUAAACCUGACAGGAAGAUGAUGCUGGAGGACUUCAUUCGGAACCUGAGAGGAGUGGAUGAUGGAGCUGAUAUUCCCCGUGACUUGGUGGUGGGGAUUUAUGAAAGGAUUCAGCAGAGAGAGCUCAAAUCCAAUGAGGACCAUGUGACUUAUGUCACUAAAGUAGAAAAAUCGAUUGUUGGAAUGAAAACGGUGCUGUCUGUGCCUCAUCGCCGGUUGGUCUGUUGCAGCCGCCUUUAUGAAGUGACAGACGUGAACAAAGUACAGAAACACGCUGCCCACCAGAGAGAAGUUUUUCUCUUCAAUGACCUGCUGGUGAUUCUCAAGCUUUGCCCCAAGAAGAAAAGCUCUUCAACCUACACAUUUUGCAAGUCAGUUGGCCUCUUAGGAAUGCAGUUCCAUCUGUUUGAGAAUGAAUACUAUCCCCGUGGUAUCACUUUGGUGAUUCCAGUUUCAGGCUCAGAGAAGAAACAGGUGCUUCAUUUCUGUGCUCCAAAUGCCGAAGAGAUGCAAAAGUUUGUGGAAGAUCUCAAAGAAUCAAUAGCUGAGGUGAUGGAGCUAGAACAGAUUCGAAUUGAAUGGGAGCUGGAGAAACAGCAUGGGGCAAAGAAUCUUUCCUUAAAAACCAAUGGGGCUCAGAUGGAAAUGCAAUUCAAGCAAGGAUCUCCAGCAGGCAAAAAAGAUUUAGGAGAAAAAGGCCCGGAGAACACAGUGGAGGUUUUAAUCAAUGCCUCCCCUGCCAGACUGACAAUUUUACCAAUUUCCAGAGAUACAAUAAAAAGUUACUGCUAG